UCUACGUGACUUUAUCGAAAGAACCAAGAAUAUCAAUCCCUGCAGUCACGAAAGCUUUAAAUCAAAAUACUGCAUGAAGUUAAAACGACGCCGAAAGAAGACAUUCGUACGACGUUUAAUAAAAAUAGAUAGCGACACCAAAUGGUUGAGAGGAACGAAUACAGAAGACUGGCAUACGCUUUAUUUACAAUGUAUAUAACUUUCCAUCUGUGCCCCUAUUAGUGCAAUUGUUUCGUCAAAUAUUCUUAAAAUCUUAGAGGAUAUAAAAAAACCUCACGACACAUAUUGUCUUCCCAUUUUAUCACGUAGACAUUUUCAAAUCACUUUUAAUGUUCCGAGUACAAGAUUGUGAGAAGAAUAUGAAAAUGACAGCAGUCAGUUAUUUUCCGUUGCAAAACAAAGGGUUCUCAUAUAUAUACCUUCAUAUAUAAAUUACAGCCCUUUCUCAAUCCACUGCUGCAUGUCCUCCCCCAUGCAGUGUCGGUCAUGGAGAAUUGUUUGACCAAACCUCGCCACGCUGGUCAUUGCGGUUUGAAGGCUGUCCCCCGUCUAGGAUCACUACACUUAUGAGCGAACAGCAGCUAGAAGUCCCGACACACGAGUAGCUGCCUCUCGACGCGCCUGUGUAGCUGGCCGUUGCUAUUUUCACCCCAUGCUUGUCUUAAAACGCGCCGAUCCCUCCAUCGCUAGCGAUGGGGUGCAUGCCCAGGCCGCUCAGGUACGGCCGUUUUCAUCGCGAUGCCAUUUUUACGACAUUUAAUGCCCACAGGCAAUGAACGGGGCCUGCUGUCCAGUUGGUCGAGGUGACGGUUCGCGUCUGUACGCUUCAUUCAGAAAUGCGACAACGAUUCAUCCCCAGGCAUAAACAGAUUGCAAGUCGGGGUCGCGGCGCCACGAUGCAACGGCCCCCCGGCAUGGUGACCGCCUUCAGCAUCGAGUCUCUGAUCGGAGGAGCCCCCCCGCCGCGCUGCGGGCAGAUCCUCUACACGGGCUACCCUGGCCUCUUCAUGCCGCCCUACGGCUCCCUCGUGCUGCCGGCCCACGGGCAGCUCCACGCGGGGCUCCCCGCCGCAUUCCCCGCGGCUCUGGGCGGCGGAGCCGGAGGUGGCUUCUAUUCGGCGUUUGCGCGCGGGAUUCAGCACGGAGCUGCGGGCGCAGUCGCGUUUUGCGCAAACAAGGAGGCGCCUUCGCCGGGCGGGGAGCGGGGCCCGACGUACCCGGCUCGAUCCGAGGCUCUCUCCGGCAGGGAGCGGCUGCCGGCUCUCACGCUCCUGCACCGCUCCAAGACGUCGCUGUUAUCCUCGCCCGCAGGUCGCGGGUGCCGGGAAGCCGACUCGAGCUGCGAGAGCGAGGCGGAUCGGUGCAGCGAGGACGAGAUGAGCACGGACAGCGCGUCACCGCGCGCGGACCCGGCAGGCCUUGAUCGCGAUGGGUGCAGUCCGCCGCUGCACGGGGGCCGGGCCCCCUGCUCCCGCAGCCCCAGUUCGCCUACGGGAGGCGCCUCGGGCACCGAGCACCUCUUGCCAGCCAAGUCACACCUCCACCACCAUCAGCAACAUCAUCAUCAGCAGCCGCAACAACAUCAGCAGCAGCAGCAGAGGAGGCGGCGGCGCACGGCGUUCACGAGCGAGCAGCUGCUGGAGCUGGAGAAGGAGUUCCUGAGCAAAAAGUACCUCUCCCUGUCCGAGCGCUCUCAGAUCGCGGCGGCGCUGCGUCUCAGCGAGGUCCAGGUGAAGAUUUGGUUCCAGAAUCGGCGCGCCAAGUGGAAGCGCGUCAAGGCGGGCAACGGCGCGUCUCGGAGCGGGGAGCCGACGCGAAACCCCAAGAUCGUGGUUCCCAUCCCCAUCCACGUGAACCGAUUCGCAGGCAGAGGACCUCAACAGCAGCAGCAGCAGGACACACUGACUGCCGAGCAGACGAGCAGGCCAGCCGCUCCAUAGCCUCUUUUGUUUAAUGUAGAGAAUGAGUCAUUACUUUGGUCUUCAAAUGCACAAACUGUGAUAUAUAUGUGUUAGUGUAUAUAUGUAUAUUGUUGAUCUCGUGGCGUCGUUGGCAAGAUUGACACGACUGACCAGGCCCCUCGUAAGUAAAAUGUAUGUGUGUGAAAGAACUGCAACUCAAGUGAAGCGUUGAACCUUACCGGUGCGAAUCCGCCACUAAAAUCACGACCCCCGUUCCCACGCGCAUUGCUCCUGUGAUUGCGCGCUCGUGUUCGGAAUGAGAGUUGCCGUACAAGAAGCGGUGUACAACCGCGCACGCUCAGUGAUCGUCCCUGUAUAUUCAGCACACGAUUCACACGUUUCUAUGCAUACAGAGAAAACGCCUGAUUCACAAUUCGUUUAUUUUGGGUUAGAUCGUGCAAGUAUCAUGUUUUGUUUUACGAUAGACUCCCACCAUUCGAUAGAGCCUUUAUCAAAUAAAGUUGUCACGUGGCCAAACAUGCCGCCAAAUAAUUUGGAUUUUUACCAAAGCGUAGUGUUGAAAAGCAAGCAAUUUUUUUGACAAUUGUUUACGUUUUACUGGAGAUUACACCCAGCAUCAUAAAGGUGUUAACAAAAACUCAGCUCUAUACAAUUAGCGAAAAACCUAUUCCGUAAAAUUACUCCAACCAUAGGUGGGAUCACGACGGGGCUACGCUUCGGGCAACGGGCAGCACUGUGGCAAAAUCAAUUGUUGUGCUGUACUAUGCUCCUACGUCGAUGCGCUCCCAUGCCUUCGCCAUCCUCGGCUGACUGGCGCGGCGCAGCAUGGGUCAAGUAACUCCCACGACUCGCAACAGCGUGGGGUUGGCGCUCAUCUAGCGGUGGAUUUACAACAAGGGGGGCUGUUACGCGUGCACCGCGUAAUCGGCUCCAGCAAGAUACACCCCCACCCCCACCCCCCCCUCUGCUGGAAGUUGCCUUCGCCAAGCUAUUUUUGUUUAAUUGGCUCAAUCUAAGCGGCAGGGUGUUUGAUGUCCGAACGAAUGCGAAAGCUCUCGGCUACGUGUUAAUGGACCCGUGUCCCCGAGAUUAAUUAAACACGUGCACUCAGCCGCCACCGAUCACGGGCGUUGCGCCGCUUGCACCGCAGUGCAAACCUGCGUCGCGGCUUCAUUUUGUACCCCCCCCCCCUUCCCUCCCCUGUACAAAGCACACGAGUUGGAGAUGGCGGGGGGGGGGGGCACCCGCGUGGGGUGGGGGGGGGGCACCCGCGCUCUCGGUGGUCAGCGGAAUGCAUGCGAAGCAUAUUUUUAAAGGGUCACCGUUUUCAACAUAUCGGUAAUAAAUUAUUUAAUUAUACGUCCAUGCGCGUCGUGUUCUUGACUCGUGCGAGCGUUACCCCGUCGCCGGCGAGUGUGUGUUGAUGUG